AUGCAUUGAACACUGCGAUUUAUGAGCUUGGAGUAAUUAACUUGUGCUGGCCGAAGUUUUUAGAGCCACCUGAACCAGAAUUAGAAACUCAAAAUGGUAUGCACUACGAUCAGACCGACUAAGUUGUGCCAUAGAGGAACGAACACCUGGCAGGGGUUGGCGUCAUUGGUCGCAGACUACUUCGAAUAUGAGCCUCUAACGAAGUCGAUGCUGCAUCCGGAACGAAUUUUGUCGUCGUACUCAGUCUUAAUACGCCGUAAAGGCAAUCCCUUUGAGAUUGCCAACGUACUGGUCUCCUGGUUGGUGGGUGCUACAUACGACGCAUAUGUGGUCGUUGGUUGCGCCAAGAGAGAUACGUGUCUUCAUAUCCGGUAUAGGACCAUAUGCCCUGAUAUUCCUGAUGAAACUCCGGUGGUAAUAGAGGAACCGGAACCAGAAGAAGAACCUCGCUACAAGCUAGUACCGUUGCCAGAUUUUACUUCUAAGUACGUAAAGUUGAUGGACGACAGGGCAGCCGAGGAAGCGCAGAAAGAAAUAGAGAAGAAGGAACGAGAACGCGCAGAGAAAAUUGCCGAAAUGGAACAGCCCCCUCCUGAUGAAUUAGACGGCUGGCGUACUCACGCUUGGGUUCUUGUGCUGCCUGGCCCGAUGGGGAUUGAAGAGCCGUUCUUUAUAGAACCGGCUGAGGGCAAUGCCUAUCCACUGGAUGCGCCACAGUACCAGCGAAUUGACAGCGUCUAUAACCAUGAAAAUUAUUAUGCAAAUAUACAAGUCUUGGAUGUGAAAAGGGUAGUGGAAAGUUCUGUAGAAGGGAUAUUCGAUACAUUCGGCGAAGAUCAAAAUCUUAGUCAUCAUAGUUAUGAUCUGUCAGACACUACAUGCUGGGAACACUUGCUUGCCGGUGAACCCAAUUACCGGAGACAGCUUGUCGGAGUGGAUACCAGUGAUAAUCGAACUUGUGUUGAUACUGAGAAGCAUCUCGACAUGCCUGCUAGUUGGGUUGAGAAGCUAGAUAUAACUGCAGACGAUUUUUCGCAACGUUAUCCAGGUUUCAAAAAAGUGAUCCACUACAAAAAGGUGAUUUUGGAAAAGUUUGCAACUUACUCCGAAACAGAUGGAGUCAUCAAGAGGGUUAAAUUAUUUGCCGAUUAUGCUUGGUCAAUCCUGUUGCUCACUUGGGAAUGGUAUUCGAAUAGAGAUGAUCUGAUGCAUUUCGUUAGAAUCGAUCACGUGGCACAACAAAUAGAGGAGCAGUUCCUUGAUGGAAGGCCUGACUAUUUGAUCAAACAUACAUACUUCAUGGACGCACCGCCGAUGUCUAUUGAAGGUAACCGUACCCUGGAGUUCAAAUGGUACUCUCGCUUGGACCAACUUGACAAGAUUGUUUGUACUCCCCUAACUUUCGACGAGUACUUUACACAGAGAGAAGACUUGCUGGAAACCCGUUUUAUAACAUACUCUGAACCUGUUAAAUCAGAAAAUAUGGGCAAACGUCAAGUAAAAGAUAUAAUUGAGACUUACAAGCGAAACUAUGAUAUCCCUGCUAAGCAAGACGUUUGGAAGCGAAUAUUCCACAUGCAAGACAACACUAUAGAACUCUUGUACCACUAUGGAUAUAACUUUGUCACCAAUGAUACGAGGAGUUUUAUUAAGCCAAAUUUAGCUGAAACUGGAGGAAAGAUUUUGUUUUACCCUGAUAAAACUUCUGGAUAUAUUGCGGAUCCAAAUGGCAAACCACCUCGCCCAUUAGACUUGUACCAAAGCCUCUGUGACAAUAUCUUCUGGGAAUAUCGUACCGGCAAGCAAAAUAGAGAUCGGGAAACUGAUAUCUCCAGAUACUUACGCCAACGGUAUCAGGAACUGACUGAGCCCACAUUGUAUGUAUCACUGUUCAACACCGAGAGGAAUUUGGAAGCACAAAAAGGGUUCCUGGAACAGGAACGACUUAAAGCCGAAAUGGCCGAGCGAGAGAAGGAAGCAGAUAUAGAUCCUCUUACUCCAUACCUGGCAAGGAUGUUCGGUGCCCAAUUCCAACAUAUUAAGGAUCCGUUAAGCAUGAGAGAGGCCACACUGGUGCGGGAACAGUGCAUCAACGACUUUCGGGCUCGACAGCUGGCAAGGCAGUUGCUUGUACAGGAAAGAUUCGACAAGCUCAACGAAGAAUAUAAGGCCAAAAGGCUGUGGUACUUGGCAAAUCAGUUUAUUCUUACUCCGGAGAAAGAAAGCGCUUACUUUGCUAUGAGCGCGGAACUUUCCUUCCAAGUGCAUGCGCUCGAAGUGCGACUCACUCGUCACCGAGAUCUCUCGGCACCGAGAUACAAAUUACUCGAAGAACUGCUUGAUAAACAUCCGCUUUUGACAAAAUACAACGAAGUACGAAACUAUUACAGACUGAAGGCCCAGGUUCUAUCCGCCAAGCCGCCUAAUUAAAGCUGUUUACCAAUCCAAUAAUUUAAAAUAAUGGAGCCGCCCAUUGUUGGUAGGUCAAUGAAGCCGCCUAUAGGACUGGUUGAACCAGACAAGACAAAAUUACGAACGACUUUUUUUUGCAAUUUAGGAAACACAUAAUAUUGUGACCUAUGGAAGAUUUACGUUUUCGUGAUUGUUACAUCUUUUUUAAGAAUUAAAAAAAAA